AUCCUUGAGAACGAGAGAAAGCCUUACCGGUCCCACAUCUAGAGUACGGUACCAGUACGGUGCUCUAACGGAGAACACUAAGGAUCCGGUGAUGACCACCAUGAGCGAGAUGAGAAUGAUGACAAUUACGAUACCCAGUUCCACUCGCGAAGCCACGGCGGCCCAUGGCUGGCGAGGCUUCGCACCCCAACCUAGCUCUUCAGUGCCGGAGUCUAUGAGUAUAUAAGGUCGGGUGUCCUGUCGCGAUCCUCCAACCUCAUCCCCAUCGACCAGAUCAGAUCAGACGGUUCGGAUAUUCUCCUCAAUCCACUUCAGUGUCAGCCUUCGCUCAAACUCUCCAUAAGCUUUACUUCGCUUCCGACAAAAACAACCAGACCAUCAAAAUGAAGUUCUCCAGUGUUCUCCUUUUCGCCUCUUCCCUUGUCGGCGCCCUCGCUGCUCCGGCUGCUUCCAGAAGCCGUGUCUUCCACCUCAAGACCGCCAACAGCCCUAACAGCGAUCUGAACGGCGCCCUGGUCAAGAACAUUGGCAAUCAUGCCUCCCUCGGAACCGGUGGGGUGGAUGUCAGGGCUUACUUCGCCGACGACGGCAGCCGCAGACUCAUCGUCAACGGGCUCGAUGGUACCGAGGACAACGCUUACCUGAUCCCUACGACUCCCGGUUCUGCUAUUUCCAACUUUGUCUUCGCAGAUGCUGCUAUUAGUGAGGUAGGAUUUGAAAUGCCAUCCAUGUCAUGUUAGGGAUAGUUCGCUGACUUUAAUACUAUCAUAGUCCCGCUCCACCGAGUGGGGUAUUACCAACGGUAAACUAGUAUAUGGAUCCGAGGACCGUUUCUAUGCUUUCCCUACCACUAAUGGAUGGGAGGUUAGUAGCUCCCUCUCCUUCCACAUAUCGCACGGCCCAAUCAAUACUAACAAUUUCCAGAUCCGCUGGGUCGAUGCGGGUACUAUCAUCACCGCGGACUCUUUCACAAUCGACCUUGCCAUCGAAUACCUUAAUUAAGCCAGGCAAACCCUCGCAAACCCACCGGCAAUAGAUCGAUCAUCGCUCGAUGGCAACAAUAUUUCUGGUACGAUACUGAACGAUAUACGCGUAAGCGGUUAAUGGUAAUGGCGGGGGGUGAUUGUACGAGUCUGGAUUAGUGUAUGGAGGGCGGGAAUCUGAUUACGAAAGCAAAUAGGAAGGAAACGCAUCUCUAGACUUUUAUUUUAGAAUUGAUACGAUACUCAGUUGUU